AUGGCGAGUGCUACAGCAGGCUGGGCUCAAUUGCGACAACAAGCUCGAGCACAGGAGACUCAGACCGAAGCGCUCUUUCAUACAUAUGCCCAGUAUGCAUCCAAAGCCGACAUCGAGCCCAAACCAAGCGAAGAAGAGAGCAAAACAGAAGAGCAACUGAAUGAGAUUCUCGAAAAGCGUACGGCACUUCUCGGACAACUCGCUCGUACUCUCGACUCCGAACCUACUCCCUCAGCUCUCAAGUCCACCAACUUAGCCCGUCAUCGCGAGAUCCUUACACAACACCGAACCGAACUGGCACGCCUAAAGGCCCAAAUCACACACGCCCGCGAUCGCGCCAAUUUACUAUCCAACGUUCGAAACGAUAUCGAUGCAUACAGGUCAGCACAAAAUCCAGAGGCACAGGAGGCGGAAUACAUGCUCAAUGAGCGACGGCGAAUCGACAAUUCGCAUAACAUGGCAGACUCGGUGCUCAGUCAGGCGUAUGCGGUGAAUGAGAGCUUUGGACUGCAAAGAGAGAGUCUUGUUGGCAUACAGAGGAGGAUCACAGGAGCAGCGGCACAGAUUCCAGGUAUCAACGGAUUGAUGCAAAGGAUAGGGAGUAAGAAGAGGAGAGAUGGGAUCAUUCUGGGCAGCUUUAUUGCGCUAUGUUUUGUAGCGCUGUUAUGGUUCUGGUAGAACCCUUAUUUGGUUCGCGUGGUUUGGCGUGGCGUUCAAGGUCUGACAGGCCGCUCGGAGGUUGUUACAAAAGACAGCAGAGCAGUGCUCAGCAUCCGGUUUCAAAGGUACGAAAGCAGGCGUGGUGAAAUAUCCAAGAGGAGCUCACCAGGGUGUGCAGUUCCGUUCCAAA